AGGGGGAUAAUCACUUUUCAUUCAAGCCAACCUUUAAGAACAACUCCUCCUAAUUUAAUCCACAGCUUAAAAAUGGCGGUGGUGAUUUUAUCAAAAAGUCAAAUGAACUUAUUGAAAAAAGCCUUUGGAGCUUUUGAGAUAGAAGGAAAAAACACAAUACCGACCAAUGAACUGAGUACAAUUCUUGAAAUGAUGGGAAUUCGUCAAACUCAAGAAACUAUAAAUACACUAAUUACCGAAUUUGAUCCAUGGCAUACCGGAGAAAUAGACUUUGAUUCCUUUUCUGAACUUUCUUCUCGGUACAUGGCUGAAGAAGAAAACCCAGAACAAAUGCAACAAGAACUUAGAGAAGCAUUCAGACAUUAUGAUAAGGAGGGUAAUGGGUAUAUCACCACCGAGGUAAUGCGAGAAAUCUUAGCUGAACUAGAUGAUACCAUUCCUGAAGAUGAACUCGAUCAAAUGAUUGAUGAGAUUGAUGCUGAUGGCUCUGGAACAGUUGAUUUUGAGGAGUUCAUGGAAGUUAUGACAGGAGGAGAUGACUGAAAUUCUGAAGGAAAGAAGAAAACAAGUAAUCUCUUUAUGUAGAUGAAUGCUACGCCUAUAAUUCACUGUUAUCUGCCUUCCAUAAUUUUUCAUGAGUCAUUUACUUACCACAGUUCGCAUAUACUUGGUCGAAGCAAUAUCAAUUGAGGUUCUUUAAUAUUCAUUUAAUAAGUUCUGUGAUAUUCAAAUAAAUGUUUAUCUUAAUUG